AUGGAUGUGGAAGCUGACAUCUCUGAGGACAUUACAGACAUCGGUGAUGUGUCCGCGCAGUGUGCAGCAGAGUGCCUGGAGGUCGAGGCACCGAAGCCAUAUGACCAGGAACUCUACCAGCUCUUGUCCCACGCAGCUGAGAGUGGCGACCUGGAGAGCCUGCUGACAAUCACAGACACCCAUCUUACCGAACUUAGCAGUAUCAAUGCGGCUUUCGCCUUGAUACAUGCAGCUCGGAUGCUGCAGGUGGACAGCCCAAAACGGGAUGCACUUCAAUCUCCCAAGCUGGUCAAUCUGAUUCGACAUGUUGAAAACAUCGUUAUGGGACACCGCUUAGAAGGUGCGGUUGCGGCUGAAACUGCCGAGUCAGAGGACUCGUCAUCCGAGGUGAAGGUCGAGGACCAAGGCCUUCACAUGGCUUGGACCGUUUCUGUGAUUUGCUGGGGUUUGGGUCUUCUCGGUCAUAAGAAUGACAAGCUCCUUUCGUGCUUGGCCAGCAUGGUGAAGCCACUUCUGCCACACCUCAGUCCUCAUCAGCUGCAGAAUUGCUUGUGGGCUUUUGCAUCGCUGGAGAUGAAGGAUUCCGGACCUUUUUUUGGGGCGGCGGUUGAAAUCAUCGAACCUCGCAUCACGCUCUUCAGUCACGAGAGCCUGGUGGCCAUCCUGACUUCUUUCGCAAUGGUAAAGGUCUUGAGUGCCAAUCUUUUCGAUGCAGCUGCAAAGGUGCUAGUGGAGGCUGGAGACACUCUUCGGCCUCAGGACGUUGCCAAUUGCACGUGGGCAUUUGCAACUUUGCGGCAUCCGCAUCCAGCAAUAUUUUCAGGCUUGGGCGACUCUGCAGCAAGGAGGCUCCACGAGUUCCGCCCGGAGCAGGUGGCUGUCUUGGUCUGGGCAUUCGCGCUGGUUCGAUGGCGCCUGGAGAAGCUGUUUGAGGCAGUCCAGCAUGAUGUCGUGGACCGAUACACUCACUUCAGUCCCGACAGCUUGGCCAACGUUCUACAUUCCUUCACGCUGGUGGGUCAUGACGGUGCGCAAGUGAUCCUGGAGGUGGCUGCCCCACACAUAGCGACCAACCUCUCAGAAUACAAGUCGAAGGCUCUUGCCAAGCUUGUCUUUGCAACAACCAAGACGUCUGAACCUGUCAAGGGCGACUUGGUGGAGAUCCUUGCGCAAGAAUUCCUGCGGCGAGCGGAUUCGAUGUCAAUGUCCCUUCAAACUGCUAUGCUGCUCGCAUUCUGGAAGGCGGAUUUGAGCAACCCAGACUUUUUCCGUCAGGCUGCUUCCAAGGUGCAGGCCUGCUUGAAGGACUUCGAGACGUGUGGGUUCAUACGUCUGCUGAAGAUCUUUGCAGCAGCUGGAGCUGUGGAGCCCGCCUUUAUUCAGGACAUGGUCGAUGAGGCACAGCGGCGCUUGCCAAGCCUUCGAGCGACGGAGCUUGUCAAUCUGGCGAAGACCUUACUUCAGAUUGGGCAAGCUUCGCCCUUUCUAUUGGAAAGCUUGGCAGAGCACGGAGACAAAGUCCUUCCGCAGAUGUCCCAGAAGGAGCUCACGAGCUUCCUGCGAUCGCUGAGCGGCCUCGGCCUGACCUCCGCCUCUUCGAGCGGCGAGGCCUUAUUCAGACAGGCGGCCUCCAAGGCGACUCGGCAGCUCCUGCGAAGCAAGGACGAUCGUCGGUACUCUCUGAAGUCUUCUGAUCUUGCUUGCUUGUCCAGAGUGUUUGCCCGUGCAGCAGCUGCUACUGGCCCCCUCACGGACAAGUAUCAGGCAUCGACGGAGACCCCGGCCGAGCUUCGGGAGGCCAUCAACACGUUCUUGCAGGCAGCAGUGGAGGAGGCACGGCAGCGAUUAGAUGAGUUUCAAGCUUCGCCUGCUUGUUUGGUGGGGGUGCUUUGGGCCGCCUCCGAGUGCAAAGUGGAAUGCGAAUCGCUGAUGAAGGCGACGAUCGCCGUGCUUUUGCCGUCCGAUGCGCCAGGUGGCGAUAACAACCUUCAGAGACUCCAACUGCCCGAACUGGCGGAACUGGCAAAGGCUCUGACCCACUUGGGCGUGGAGCAAGUGGAGCUGUACAAAGCGCUGGCCGACGUUGCAGUAGCGUGCAUGCAGGAAACCAACAAUGUGGGGCCUCCUGAAGAGCACCUUGUUCCUGCCGCCGAACUCCUCAGCCUUCUGGCGACAGUCGGGAUUUCGGCGUCAGUGCUUGCAUCCAUUGCGGCAGACAAAGUUCUUUCACUGUUGGACCAAGCCGACACUGGGGAGAUCAAGCUCCCCGCUUGGGUCAUCGCACGUUGCAUUGCUGGGCUCGCUCUUUCCGUCCCGGUGGGUCGAAUUCUCGGUGCCUUGAAGCUCCUGGCUCAUGCCGCGACAGCACGGGCAGUCGAGCUCCUUCCGGAGGAACGCGCCUUGAUUUUCUGGAGCCUAAGCUUGCAGGGUUGCUACGAGGAAUUCUUUGAAGCAGUUUUGGAGCAGACACCGUGGACCCUCUGGGCACCGAAGUUGCAGGACGAGCUGGUCAUCAGCGGAAAUGGUUAUGUUCCGUCACCAAAACUCGUGGCCUUGUGCCAGGUUCAUCUUGCUGAUCUGGCAUUACGCAUUGAAGGCGGAGGAGAUCGAGCGGCUCUUUCUGCGGCGCAGAGGACCCAUGUUGUGGAAGCUGCCCAAGUCAUGGCCCGCAUACGACCCGAGAUACCGGCAGAGGCGGAGCCCAUCUCCCAAGCCCUCAUUUCCAUGGAGCUGCUGCCAUCACUCGGAUCCAGCACUCCAGAAGGUUUGCCCUUGAGCAUUCGGGUCAGCUCUUCGUCCAUCCGGGGUUCGGGUGCCUGCCCGACUGUGUCCAUCGAGGUGGAUCGUCCUGGAGACUUGCUCUUCGACAUCGACUCGGGGAAAGCGCAUCGCUUUUUGCCUACUGCAUUGAGAAGACGCUUGCUUUGGUGUUUGGGCUACACAGUGGUGGUUUUGCCCUGGUAUGAGGUCAACCGCUGUGACAAUGAGCAGCUGGUUGCACUCCUGCGUGCCAGACUUGCUGAGGUGUCGCCACCACGACCACGCUUCACUUCCGAUAGAGGUGGGCAGUCCAAGCUGCAUGAGGCAGAUGAAAGACAUCGGGUGAGCAGCGCUGAGGCCAGUGGGAACAGCAGCUCCAGUGUGUCUUCCUGGCAAGGAAUGAGGCCGCCUCCCGGGCUCUGA